AUGAAACAAGCCGCUGAAGUCUUAAAUGUUCCGACACCUGCUAACUGGGCAAAUUUUAUCAAUCCAACCACGACUAAUGGGUCAAUCGGACAAGCUCAAGUUGGAAGUUCAAAUAUAGCUACAAUUAUGGAAAACUGGUCAAUAUCACAACAAUUUCGUAAUCAAGCUAUUCAAAAUGUAAAACUAUUGAUAGCAGCUGCUGAUGAAGGUUCAUAUACGGCUCAAGCAUUUAUAUUUGAUAUUCAAUCAAGUGCCUCGUUAACAUCAUUAAUUGUUGUAGCCAAGAGGAUUGCCUCUCCAGCAGAUGCAAAUACACCAGUAGCUGUUGCAUACGUUACAAUAAAUACAAAUGGAAUGGUCAAAAAGUUAUACGGGCCUGCCUUUCAGAGUUGUUCUAAAUGUUCCAAAUGUUUAUGGACACGUCGUUGUUGCUGUGACACUUUCAAUCAACAACAAUUGAGUAGAGCAGUACAACGUACGAUACCGAACAAUCAUGAUGAUAUUCGUGGUGUUAAUUUGACACAAGCAAUUGAAAAUUUUCUUUCAAACAAGAAUGUUCAAGCUGAAGUAUUGGCAUCGUAUAAUGAUUCAAUUUUAACUGCAUUACAAUCUAAUUUCACAUCAUUGAAACUAUCCAGUCAAACAUUAAAAAUGGCCAAAGUUGAGUAUAAGCAUAUUCUCAAUUUGUUAAAAGCAUUGUCAGACGACUAUGCAUUUGAAGAUUUUUCAUCGAAUUCACAAUUUUUACAACAAUUACAAUCAUCACGAUUUUCAUAUGAAAACUUAUUUACAACAUCAUCUACUGGUUAUGAUAAGAAAAAUAUUACAAUAAAAUAUAUUUGGAUAAUUGGUCAAAACCAUGAUAAUACAACCUAUACAAUUCAUUUUCUUCACUUAAAUAUCUCUUCACAAGCACUUAUUCAGACAUUACUAUGCAAUAAUACAAAUAAUAGCACAUCUUGUAGUGAAGAGAAUUUAAAUAAUCAAUUAAACAUUGCGCGUACAGCAAUAUUGACAGAUAAUGGUCAAUUUUUAAAUGAACAAAUUCCAAAAAUGAUUACACCAUGGCAAUUGACAACAACCAAUAUUGUAUUGAAUAUUUUACGUUUCAUUGGUGGUAGUGUACUUAAUCCAAAACAGUAUCGUCUGUUAUCAUAUUUCGAUCCUCGAAUUAUUUCACCAGAAGACAAACAAAUAAAUAAUGAUGAAUCUUAUUCACGAACUAUACCAGCUAAAAUUGCUGCUUUAUCACAAGCUCUUUCAUCUGUAGCCAAUUCAUGGAAAGAUAUUGUUAGUUCAUUUAAAACAAGUAAAUCAACUACUAUAACACGAAUUACUCGAUUCGGUUUUACAUAUUUCGAUCAAAAAUCAACUGUAUUAAAAGCUAUAGAUAUACCAGCUAAUAAAGCAUCAGAAUUUAUCAAUACUAUUGUCAUGGAUUAUAAUUUACCAUCGAAAGGUAGUUUUUUACUUGGUUUAACCUAUUCCGAUGAUUUUUCAUGGGAUAAUAUUGAAUAUCUUUAUUCACCGACAAUGGAUGGAAAAUAUCGUUCACUUACAUUAUUUAAAAAUGGAGAUAGUAUAACAAAUACUGCUUCAUUUUUUAUUGUUGAUGUCAAUGCUGAUUGGCAAUUGGCACCUGAUUUAUUAUUAAUUCAGACUUCGAAGAGUUAUUUAGGUGGUUUUUUUGAAUCAUCGAAACAAUCAAUACAAGAAGUACCCCAUGUCUUAACACUGGAUGAAGCUAAACAAUUACAACAAUUUUUUAUGAUGAUUGCUAUAAGUAAUUUGGCUGGUACAUUGGUUGGUGUUGCAUCUGGUGAAUAUUCAUCCAAUCCACCUGGUUCUAGUUCUAUAUCCGGUACACAUUCAUCAACUCCACCAGAUCAUGACAUUGGACCUGCUGCAUAUUCGUGGAAUUCACCAGAUCAUGGUAUUGCACCUACUGCAUAUUCAUGGAAUUCAUCAAGUAUUGAUCCUACAUUUGUUGCAUAUUCAUCCAAUCCAUCAGCUAGUAUUAUUGCACCUGGUGCAAGUUCAUCGCAUCUACCAAGAUCUAGAUCAAAAAAAAUUAAUAGACUUAUGCAAAUAGAGGGACAAAUAUUAGAGCUCGAACAAACCAUUGGCUUAGCUUUUCAAGUUUUAAUUGCAGCGGACCAAGAAUUUGGUGGUGAUGAUUCAUUUCAUGAUCCAUUUUCAAGUUUUUUUGGUGAUUUUUUUCAUUUUGGUGGUUCGAGAGAUGAUGGAUAUAAUCAAGUACCACGUGGUGGAGAUUUAGUUGUGGAUUUAUAUGUAACACUUGAAGAAGUUUAUAAUGGAAAUUUUAUUGAAGUUGUUCGAGCUAAAUCCGUAGCAAAACAAACAGCUGGUUCAUGA